UGACGGUGGCAGACAGCCUCAGUAACCGAGGAGGAGUUCCUGCUAACACAAGAUACGUUUUCCAACGAGCUGCUCUGGAAAAGCCCAAGAGCAGGGAAACAGACGACUGCCACCGAGGCGUUGUGGGAAACCUGCGAGCUAUACGUGACCUGACGCCGCCGCACAAGCGACUCUCACAUUUGUUUUGGAGGCCUGUUGCUAACUCCGGGAAAUCCUCGGGCUAGCCCCGGUAGUCACUGGGCCGGAACAGGACGUGGAGGACCAGGAGCUGGAGCUCCGGGGGCUGCUUCAGUCGACGCUAGCUGCUCCAUCUUACUGGAUACACGAAGACGUGAGCUCCCCAUGCUCCUCGGUGGUGGAUCUGAAUCAGCGUGACUCGAGACGAUGUCACUUUGACAGCUAGCUAACAUUAGCUCUCCUGUGUUUACAAGCCAAAGCUCCUCUGGAGAGGUGGCCACUUAGGUGUGUUUGCUUCAGUUGGGGGGUUUCACGCUCGGCCUCUUUUCACCUGCCUGCUCGCUGGGGGUGAUUUGUGAACUUGUUGAACUUCUGCGUCCUCGGACUGAAGGUCGCCAGCUCCACCAGAAGGUCUCUUCGCUGAGGCUAUCACACCUCCAGGCUUAUCUGCUGCAGCGCAAACUUUGUUAGCUGCUCGCACUUGUGAGGAUCAGUCGAGUUUCUUUGUUUCCUUUAAUGUUAGAUGCAGAACAUCAAAUAUAUUGUUACGGGUUAAAAACACGUAUCGGCUUUAAAUGCGAAGACGAACAGGUUUGAUCAGAAGGAGUCGACGUGUCCUGAUCUGAUUAUUAUUGGGACACAGGUGAAGCACAGUGUCCCGGAUGCCGACUCCCAGAGGAGUGUGGGUUUUGCUGCUGUCAGGACGCCCAGGUGUCACCUGUUCUGCUCGGCUUUGUUAAUCUCACACCAGCAUCCAACAUCUGCUGCACCAGAGGGAACAUCCGUCCCGUCCCGGUCUUGAGCUGACCUGGUCAAGAAGGAACAUCUCACAACAACACCACGAUGAAUCGCUACCUGCCAGUGGCACGGCAGCACUUCCUGUCUGCUCUGGCCAGCACCAGUGUGGUGGUGAAGAGCAUCAGCGCCGUGGUGGUGCUCCUCUACCUGCUGUCAUGGGCCGUCGAAACCCAGUACGCGCUGGCGGUGACCCCGGGGUACCUCUUUCCGCCCAACUUCUAUGUGUGGACACUGGUGACCCACGGGGUCGUGGAGCUGCACUUCUGGGGCGUGGCAGCCAAUGUGGGGACAGUCAUGGCCUGUGGUCGCCUCCUGGAGCCUCUGUGGGGCGCUCUGGAGCUCCUGAUCUUUUUUGCAGUGGUUAACGUGUCUGCAGGCCUCCUGGCUGGACUCUCCUACCUCCUCACCUAUGUGGCCACCUUUGACCUGGACUUCCUGUUUGAUGUGCGGGUCCAUGGAGCAGCCGGGUUCCUUGGAGGUGUCCUGGUGGCGUUGAAGCAGACCAUGGGGGACACGACGGUGCUCAGAGUGCCACAGGUGAGACUUAAAGCAGCACCAGCUUUGGUCCUCCUGCUCCUGGCUUUACUGCGCCUGUCUGGGCUGCUCGACAACUCUGCCCCACUGGCUGCGUACAGCUACGGCGCACUGUCUGGUUGGGUCUACCUGCGCUUCUACCAGAGGCACAGCCGGGGACGCGGGGACAUGUCGGACCACUUCGCCUUUGCAAGUUUCUUCCCUGAGGCUGUGCAGCCCGUCGUGGGGCUGCUGGCGGGGCUGAUCCACGCCGCUCUUGUGAAGAUAAAGGUUUGCAGGAAGAUGGUGAAGAGAUACGACGUGGGGGCACCGUCCUCCAUCACUAUCAGCCUGCCAGGGACGGACCCACAGGAUGCAGAGAGGAGGAGACAACUGGCCCUCAAAGCUCUAAACGAGCGCCUAAAGCGUGUGGAGGACCAGUCUGCCUGGCCGAGCAUGGACGACGAGGAAGAUGAGGAUGAGGACGAAGUCAGAACUGACACACAUCCACUCCUCCCAGGUGGGAGAGACCCCUCAUCCUCCUCCACACUGAGACCAGCAGGGGGACCCAUCGGCGCCUCCACCUUGUCAUCCUCAAUGUCGCAGAGCGGCGGAGCAGUAUCCACAGGCGGCACACAACACCCGGAGUCCAGCAUCAUCAGCUUCGAGGAUGCACCUUCUAGAUCGUAACAAAUGGAACGUACAUUUUACGGAUCCGCACGCUGUGUUCUGUGUGACUAGCAGGUACUAGCGUUCACUGUAUCUGGCUAGUAUACUGAUAUAUUCGGUGACAGUGAUUAGGCAUACACCCUCACACACACAAAAAAACAAACACACAACAUCUUUGACAACCGUGCGCUAACACACACACUGUCAAUGUCAUUGUGAAGCCCAGAGAGGUGGUAACUGUGCAGUGCUUUCAGUUGAGACGUUUUGGUUGUUAACACUCAGUGUAUUUGGGCAAAUUGGAUUCUUUAUUCUCCUCAUCCUUUCUGCAUCAUCCAGAAAUUCUGUCUUGUCUGGACUUUAUCCGAACAGCAGAGCUCUGUCUGCUGCAAACUCUAUGUGUCUCUUUCUCUUGGGUCCUAAAUAAAUAACAAAAUGUUUGUACAAUAUUCUUUUUGUUAGUCAUUUUCAGAGCAGCCAUAAUUGUUCUCUGAUUGCCUGCUACAUGAAAGUCGUCAGUGACAGAGACUUGUGCCGAAUUUUUGAUUCUUGCUAAAAGGCCAACUCUUUUCGCGCACUGGUGUGAUAAGUGCUAAAAAGGCGUUAGCGUUUGUUUGUUUGGUUUCACAUAUGUGACCAGAUGUGUAACAGAGGGGAAAGUGUGAAAAGCAUGUGCUUGCUCAGCACCAGCUGCUGUACCAGAGGAAAGAAGCUGCUGCAGGUCUGACCUGCUGAUGAACUUUGAUACAAAGUGCCCGGGGAAAGAAUUUUUCAAACCAGGUUCAUUUGCCGCCUGGUGUUUCUGGAACAGCAGGCUGAGAAAUGGACUCGGGAUCUGUUUUUCUUUUGUUUUUCUUAUUGCCCAGAUUGAUGCUCAGAGGAAAUCAAUUUGGUAUUUUUUAUCUUUGCUUUUUUUCCUUCAACAAAUUCAAAAAGAAAAUUCUAACUUUGUUUCUGUGCAUUAACAAGACAUGCAAAUGGUGUUACUCUCACACAUACGGACGUCGGUGAUGAUUUUGAUUCUUCUUGUUUUAUGACAUUAUAUGUUUAUGUUAAUUUCAGGCCUAAUCCUGGAGUACCCUCCUGCCCCGUUUUACUCUUCCUCAUCCCAGCUCUUUAGCCGUCUGACUGAAUAUGAUACAGAGAAGUGUACAGUGUGUCAUGGUUGUGUUGGCUCCUUUUCAAAUGCAGAGGAGUGAUCAUGAGAAGAUUAGAUAACAGCCUGUAUCCACAGUGUGCUGGUAUUUUUAUGUCACAAUGAUCAGUGGGUUGCAGAUUCAGAGUUUGUAAUUGUAUCUAUGAUGUGUAAGACAUUGACUCAUGAGGAUAAAUGACUUUAAAGACCGAA